UGUACAGUCCAGGUGAAGUUGGAGCUUGGACACCGUGCCCAGCUGCGCAAAAAGCCCACCACUGAAGGGUUCACCCACGACUGGAUGGUCUUUGUACGCGGCCCGGAGCAGUUUGAAAUCCAGCACUUUGUGGAGAGGGUGGUCUUCCGCCUCCAUCAGAGCUUCCCUAAACCCAAACGUGUUUGUAAAGAGCCCCCUUACAAAGUGGAGGAGUCCGGCUACGCGGGCUUCAUUAUGCCCAUUGAGGUCUACUUCAAAAACAAGGUGAGAAGCAGGACCUCCAAGGUCAAUAACCGCUUGGUCUCUUCCCAGGUGAUGGUCAUGCCGGAAGGUGCAGAAGCCGUCUCCAGGCCGAGCCCCGACUACCCCAUGCUUCCCACCAUCCCCCUCUCGGCCUUCUCUGAUCCUAAGAAGUCCAAACCAUCCCACGGAUCAAAGGAGGUGAGCAAAGAGGGGGGCAAGGUCUCCAAGCCCCACAAAGUCACCCGGGAGCACCGGGAGAGGCCCAGGAAAGACUCGGAGAGCAAAAACGCCGCUCGGGACCUGGAGCGGGAAGCCGGCAAGGCCGCCAAGGAGCCCUCCAAGAAGCACGCGGCCGAGAACAAAGGGCCGAAGGAGGAGAAGCCGGUGCCCAAGGCCGUCCUGAAGGAGGCCAAGCUGGCCCUGAAGGAGCACAAGCUGGAGAACGCCUCGCCCAAGGGGGGGGCGCCCCCGGCCCCCGAAGGGAAGCCCACGGCCAAGCGGCCCUUGCCGGUGGAGUCGCCCAAGCCCACGGGCAAGAAGCCGAAGAAGAACAGCUCCAAGGGGGCCAAGACCCUCCCCACCAACGCCCACCGGACCACCAACACCACCACCACCACCACCUCCUCCUCCUACGCGGAGAAGAAGCCGCCCAAGGAGAAGCCGCCCAGCGCCAAAGCCGAGAAGGCCAAGCCGGAGAGCGAGGCCAAGGCCGUCAAGAAGCCCGUGGAGCUGACCGUGGCCGAGGAGUCCAACUCGGAGGACGAGGCUUCGCUCAAGUCAGAGUCUGCCGUAUCCAGUCCUUCCAACUCCAGCUCCAGUUCCGACUCCAGCUCCGAUUCUGAUUUUGAGCCGUCUCAGAACCACAGUCAAGGGCCGCUGCGUUCCAUGGUGGAGGACCUGCAGUCAGAAGAAUCGGACGAUGACGACAGCUCUUCUGGAGAAGAAGUGGCGGUCAAGUCCACCCCCAUCAGCAGAGAGGCCAGACUCAGCCACAGCGACAGCGACACUGACAACAGCGGGGACUCCUGCCUGCCCAGCCGAGACACGCCGCCCAGGCAAAAAGUCACCUCCGCUAACAAUAAGGUCAAUCACCAACGGACCCCCCAGUUAAAGCCACCUAACUGGUCUUCUCUCCUCCCCCCCCCCCAGGCCUACACGGAUGAGUUGGUGGAGCUUCACCGGCGGCUGAUGGCUCUACGAGAACGUAACGUGCUACAGCAGAUCGUCAACCUGAUCGAGGAGACGGGCCACUUCAACGUCACCAACACCACCUUCGACUUUGACCUCUUCUCCCUGGACGAGACCACCGUCCGCAAGCUGCAGAGCUACCUGGAGGCGGUGGCCACGUGA